CAAAGACCAACGAAGAUGGAACACUUCUCCCUCAACGAGGACAGGAUGUAUAAUGAACUUCGCAGCACUUCUUUGGAACAUCAAAACCAAUGCUAUGAAUAGUUUCAAGCGUCUGAAUAAAUAACAAGCCAGAGGGCUUGAUACUGCACUGCUGAGAGUGUAUUCGGUUUUUGGCAGGAUGUUUAUCCUACUUUGCUGAGCACAUUUGUAAACAGGAAAUUCCAUGCUUUUGGAAACUUUUUUAAUCCUUCGUUCUAUACAAAACACUGAGAAAAAGCAAUAAAAUCCACUGCAAAGGGCGGCUGUUCCAACUACUUGACACACCAGUACAUGUGUUGUUUUAUUACGGCGGGAGAAGCAUAAUUGGUAUAACGGCAAUCGCCAUUCUUUGUGUAUGAUGGCAGUGAAGAGCCGGAAACCAAUGAAAAGGCGGGCUUGGAUAACGAUGCUGCAACGUUUGAUUGCUGCGCUCUGAGGAUUGGACGCUUUAUUUUGUCUACUGCUACAUUCCGUAGGGUAGGGAUUUCACCUUAGGUUUGAAAUAUCGACCGCCGAAGCAUAAUAUCCUAUUAUGAUGUGCCAGAUAAGUCAGGCAAAGCCUUUAUCAAAUACGGGGAAAUAAUAGAGGCUGACUACAUUUGUAAACAGGAAAAUCCAUGUCGUUUAACGUUCAAGCAUUACCAGGUGGUCGGGUGAAACCAAGGAGAUAGCGGAUAUGGUCUAAAUAUCUACAACUUACCCUUAGCAAUGUUAAAAUAAUCAGAGAAAUCAUAUGACAACCUUUCCAUUAGACCAUGCCUUAUCAUGUUUCUCCACUGCUCAGCAGUGCAUUGAACAUAAACACGGCUAUCUAUUUUUUAGUCUCAUUUGAAAUGGUGAAAUCUUUUAGAAUCUUUGAGCGAGUGCAUUGGGAAGGCUCUCUUAUAACAAAGGAGGUAUCGCUAACGACAUCUCUACUGCAGUGCACUAUUAUAUUCACUUCAGGAAGGCGUGUGGUGGGUUUCAGUGUUGAUUACAAAGGGCAAACCACUUGCAUAAUACAUGCAUCACAACAUGAGAAUGUUGCCGGUCCAAAAUUAAACAAAAAAGGAGCAUACAUCUGGAUGGAAAGGGUAGCUAGAGGUCCGUUUCUGCUACAACGAAAGUUUCGACUAAUGAAAGCUACUCCGAAGCAUAUUCUGUGUAUUGUUUACUGUCAUAUACAAUUAUUUCUCUUACAUUCAUGUGGAGGCUUUAUCCGAUGGAUGAAACCACCAUCUUUCAUUAUUGCGUAUUACCCAGGCUCACUUCCUACACAAAAACAUCUUUUUAACCUUCAGGAACAGGUCACUGAUGUAUUAUGCUUUAAAGCAUACCUGCUUGUGUUCUGUUUACAUUCCGUCAAUAGUAAGUUGUCUGUAGAUUUAUACAGUUAUAGUGGAAGGUUGGUAUCUCGUGUUACUGUGAACUACCCCAUCAAUGGUAUAAGAUGCAGCCCAGUGAUGUCCGAUGACAUGAGUCGUGUGAUAGUUUGGACUAAAAAUCUUACCGGAACCACCAGACGCCACAAGUCUGAUUACGAAUUAAUUCUAUUUGAAAUUGACCAUCGCUCCGAACAAGAUAUUGCAUUUACUCGUCCAAAUUUGAUAACGACCGUACCAUCAAUCAAAGAUCUUCGCAUAAGGCCUCCUCAGGCAGUGUGGUCGAAUGAAACAAUUUUCAUCUAUGUUAGAAAGAAAAGAUUAGUAGUUGUAUUUCACUACAACAAAGGUUACUACCAACUGAUUCACAAGCAGAACUUAAAUAUGAAAAGGAUCCGUUAUGGAACCUGGGAUCAUGACAACAGCGGGUUUAUAUUUUUGCAAGUGGAGAGAAAAGGAAACUAUAAUUCGUUUUCACUUUUUUGGGUGUUAUUUAAAGAUAACAACAAGAGGAUGCAAAUUGCCCGAGUUCCAGGUUUCGAAGUAACGUUUCCAGCCAGCCGAACAUCACCAAUAUUAGCAAUCAGUUCAAAUAGAAUACUUCUCUUAUCUAGCACAUUUUUUAUCAAAGAGAAAUAUACAAUCAUUCAUCACUUCCGCAUGGUGCUUGUACAUGACUGAUCGUCUUCUUCUUCUUCUUCUUCUUCUUCUUCUUCUUCUUCAGCGUUCACUCUGCACUUCGACUUGGGAGUACAUGUAUUCCUGGAAGAGACACCAGAUACAAGAAAUUAUUUGACAGCCUUUCCAUUAGACCAUGGCUCAUCACGUGUCUCCACUGCUCAGCAUUAUACAUACACAUGGCUAUGUAUUCUAUAAUGUCAUUAUAUAUGGUCAAUUCUCUGAGAAUCUUCGAGCGAGUACAUUGGGAAGGCUAUCUUACCACGAAGGAGGUACACGUAUCUCUGACGAGAUCUCUACUGCAGUGCUCUAUUUUUCUAUCAUCGGGAAGACGAGUGGUGAGCAAGGAGGAUACCGCGGAGAUGUCACGGCUUUUCCAAGAUGGCGCUGCAUAUUGUAAACAAACUCGAUCCACGGCCAAGGGAAAAUCAAGUCAUCAAAUAAAGUUAGAUUUUUCGCAUCAAAUCAGAGUUAUUAGUACUUUUCUGCUAUGAAAUAAGUCUUCAGACAAUAAGUUAUCAUUUGAAUAAUGAAAAGUGCUGUUUUGAUGGGGAAAAAUAGGGUUUUUAAAACCAAAUAGCCGGGCACCGAUCUUCCAAAAUUAGCGAUGGUCUCCCAGAUAUGGGGCAAUCUCUUCAUUAUCAUAAUGGGAUUUGGAGGCAUGUUAACAGAUUUUACAAGUUCGAGACCUGUAGGACCUAAAACUCGCAUAGAUCCCCAUAGAUCCCCUCUAUUUGUCGAGUUAGCGCCCAUGUAAGAUCAUGCACUUUCGGAGACUAGAACGAAAUCUUCCUGCGGAUAUCGCGGUUUCGGUGAUGAUUUAAGGAGAAAUUGACUGUUCUUAGAGUUGUAUGGGACAGAAAUGAGUUCACACUUCAUGAAUACAUGAAUAUAUUAUGAUAUGGGCGGGCUUCUAAGUCAAAACAAUAACAAACUCAACUGCAUCUCUAUCGUGUAUCGCGUAGUGCAUUGUCUAGUGUAUUUCGUAGUGUAUUUUAGCGGAGACACUAUUUCCGCGAUUUGGCCAAGCCAAACGUCUUUUUUAUUCGUGGAAGUUAAUCUGCUCUGUAAAUGUUAUUUUACACAGGAAGAAUCCAUUCUAGGUAUUGCAAUAUUUCAUGUCUAUUGGUGUUUUUGUGUACAGAAGCGCACCAGACAGUGAGACGUGGAGAUGUGUUCAGUGCUGGUGCUGUCAGCAGACUGAAUCUGAUUGGCCAUAGCGAUCAGUAAUAUGGGAUGUGAUCACGUGAUGUGACGUCACCGCGGUAUCCUCUUUGAGUGGUGAGUUUUAGUGUUGAAUAAAAGUUCAACCCACUUGCAUAAAACAUUCAUUACAAGAUGAGGAUGUAGCGGGUCAAAAAAUUAAACAAAAACGAUAUAAAAAUUAAACAUCUGGAUAGAAAGGGUCGGUAAAGGUAAGGACCAAAAAGUUAUCAUAGAUCCUCGGUGACCCUAUAGACUAAUAUAACUCUUCGUAUUUGAAUCCGCAGCGUCAAAUCGUACUAUUAUUCGGAUCGGAAAAUAGCAUCGCAUGAGGCAGAAGUGCGCAAGGGCCAUAAACCUACCUUGAACAUACAUGUACCCUCAACUUACCCUUUAUAAAGGGAAAACUUGGGCGUGGGAUUUACCUAGCCAGGAGGAGAAUACCAAUGCUUGACACCAUGCGCCCCCUGAUAUAUCUGUUAAAGAUUUCCGCCAGUAUUGCGAUGCAGUUUUUGACAUGGCUUGCGAAUUUCAAGCAGGUCUAAGGCUACAUCCCGUUCUAGCGCAUUGUUUGUUUCAGUUCAAUGGAAUUUUAACGAUCUUGUUCGGUGAAGUCGCGGUCCUGCUGGAAGCCGGUUUUGUAUGCAAAACCAACACAUCUUAUUCCCAGAUUGGUUGAUUGGCUAUAUUUAAGUUACUAAUAGACACAGUAAGGGCAUGUUAGACUCAGCGCUACAAAUAUUCCUCGCACUGGCGCGAAAAGUUUUGAUGGAAGAGACCUCAAUUUGAAAUGUGUGUACACCUUUGAAUUAUUCGCGUGAUCUCGAUCGAGUGGGAAGUGUCCUUCGUCACGACUUAACGCCAAACGCCUUCAACACCAACCCGGGAAUAUUUUAUCGACUCGCAAAACUCCACAAACCCAUCGCAAACUCCUCGCAACCCAAUUUUUUGCGAUACCUUAUUCAAAGUUGCUAAAAUGUGUUUGGCGAUGCUUGGCUUUCAUGAACAUGAAAUAUUUGCUAUGCGUGCCAGCAUUCUUUGUGCUGAUACUGAGGCAGAAUUAGAUCAAAUUUGAAUAGUUGUAUUUGAGCUGUCAGCAGAUAUGUGCUGUAAUACGCCAACAUCAGUCCCAUGAUCGACUGGAUUAUCCAUCUUCUCUUGGAUACUGAUUCAGUGGGAAUACUAGAGGUUACGGGUUUAAAACAUGCCGACUUACCGACAGCGAAUGUCAAUCCUAAAGUCUCCUUCUUUUACCGCCGACAAAGUAGGGCGAGCAAUUCGUUAGUCGCACACUCAUAACCGGGUGGCCAAUGAAAUUGCUCGACACAAAACAAUUAAACACGGACUCAAUUGAGAUUGCCAACCUCGCCAAAUGAUCAGGUUACUCUUAUUCUAUACGACGCGUACAGUGUCUUUGUGUCAGGUCAGCACACCUGGGAUCGCCCACAAGCAAUAACAGUUAUUACAAUCGGUCUUCCGAGACAAGACCACAAUUGAUUUUCCAAGCCAUUUCCAGUUAUUUAAAAUGCCCGCCAUCAAAGAAUGCGUGGAGCUGUGAAACUGAAAUUCGGAUAUGAUAUACGGGUUAGUCUUGCAAGUAACUGGUGCGAUGGAAAUUGGUGAUUGACCACGGAAAUUUUUUUUUAAAUUGACAAGUUUGACACAAGUGGACAUUUUUACCCAUUUCGGCCAUUUUCACUCCAAAUUUGAACCACCCCCCUAUGGCCAGGUUGUCAAAAUUCAAAAUUAUU